AUGGUCAGGCCCUCCUGUGUCGUCGCGGCUGCGUCGAUAUUCUCCGCUGCUGCUGGUCUGGAUCUGAGUGUCAACGACGAGGCUUCCGUCAAGCAAGCUGCUGCACAGAUCGCCAAGGGGCUGUAUUUUUAUCACAACCCAAGUUCAACAGCAGGGGAUUUCAAUCAGCCUCAGCCAUGGUUCUGGUGGCUGUCCGGCAACGGAUGGAAUGGUCUGCUCGACUAUAUGGUGUAUACGAACGAUACAACGUAUCAGUCUGAUCUGUUAUCUGCACUUUCUGAGAAUGUUGGUCCUAAAUAUGACUUCGUUCCAACGGCACAGUUCAACUGGGAAGCCAAUGACGACCAGGCAUACUGGGUGUACAAUGCGUUGACGGCCAUGGAAUAUGACUUUCCUUCCUUGGCUUGCGAGGCAUCUCCGGAUGGCGGCUGCCUCAACUCGUGGCAGGCCAUAGGUACGAAUGCCUUCAACCUCUUUGUCAGCCGUUGGAAUUCCGAUAGUUUCACUUGCAACGGAGGACUUAAAUGGCAGUAUCGCAAAGAUGCCAAUGGUUACACCUAUAAGAACUCUGUCACCAAUGGUGGGUUUUUCCAGGUUGCAGCUCGGCUCGCACGAUAUACCGGUAAUCAGACUUUUGCCGAGACUUGCGGCCAAAAAUGGACCACUGGCAGCUUUGAUGGACAAUCCGACUUUGGCGUUGAGUUGAGCGCGCUUGAGGUCGUUCAGAGUCUGCUUGUGAAGAGUGCUCCAGCGCUGGAAGUCGCUCAUCCGGCUUAG